UUCUCCCCUGAUGAAAGAAACAUCCUCUCCAACUCUCCAAGCACAAAAAGGAAAAAGGUCGAAAGAGUCUCUCCCCCGUUCUCUCAUGGAGUCGCUUGCCUCGCAAGCGAAGCCGGCCGCCGUUCUCUGGCUCGCCGGGUUCCUCCAAGCCGCGCGCCUCCACCGCGUCAUCUCCUUCUGCGCCAGCUCGAGGCCUCUGUCUGUCAGAAUCGCACAGUGCUUCCUGCUCAACGGGUUCAUCUUCCUGGGAAGCUUGCUAACCUUGAAAUCGGUGGUCAUUCCAAUUAUUUUGUGGAUACUUCCUGAGCAAUGCGAUCGGUUGUGGAGGCAAAAUCUAUGUGAUCACACAGCAGCACUUGCGAUCUAUUCAUUCUUACGAUCGGGGCUUGUCCAGAUUUUCUAUGUAUUUUGGUUUUAUCCGCUUUACAUCUUCAGCUUCAUAAUAAGUACACUUUGGUAUGGUGACAUUGCUAAGCAUUCUUUGGCUGUUGUGAAAAGUAAGAAGCUGGAUGCAAGUCAAGCAUUAGAUUCUGAGACUCACAAGACAUCUGUAUCAGAAGAUAGGCCUGAAGGAUUUGAUGGUGUUGCGAUUGGCGUUGGAGAACAGGUCUAUUCGAUACUUCUUUUGACUAUUUUCUUUGCUGAGGUUACAAUGAUUGGUUACAUACCUUACCUUGGUAAGGUAAUGAACUUCUUGUUACUGUCUUUGAUGUAUGCCUACUACUGCUUCGAGUACAAAUGGAACUUCUUUGCAGUGAGUCUGAACCACCGGCUUGAUUUCUUUGAGUCAAAUUGGGCUUUCUUUGCUGGAUUCGGUAGUCCAUGUGUACUUCCGAUUUUCUUCUUCUCUCCCCUUACAAGUUAUGGUGUGAUGGCAAUACUUUACCCAUUGUUUGUCAUGACAGCUGCUGGUACAGAAGAAGAGCAAGCAAUUGAUGAACUGGAACCUACACAUGGAGGAAAACUGAAAAGAAUACCUUUGUUCUUUGUUGCAAAACGACUUACGACCCAAGUUCUGCAGUUGUUCCCAGAGGCACAAAAGGAACAAUGAAUGAUCCACGUGGCACAAAAAGAAACCAGAUAGGUUGCUGUGCUUAUGUCAGUGUUGUUCCUGUAGUUGCGUCCAAAGGGUGCAUAGUUCGCCGGAAAUGCAACUCCUCAUCAGGGCACCACCUCAAUGUAAAUAUUCUGUACCACUGCCAGUUUGUACAUACAGGGCCAAUAACAGAAAUAUAUGGUUCUCCGUGAGAAAAAAAAAACAGUUCAUAUCAGUGUUCAUUGUGAGUGCAAACAAGAUGGGUGUUGCUUCUGACCA